UCUGAAGCCGGGUUAUUCUAAAACUGCGCUUCAUGGAGUGUAAAAUCGAAGUGAACCUGGACAGCCACACAGUUUCCAACGAUCUCAACACAGUACGUAAACACUGUACUCGGCGAACUUGAGAUGAUACUCCGACCAAUUCAUGAACAGCUCUAAGCUCUUCAAAGAUAAUGACCACCAUCUCCGUAGCAAUGCAAGGUCUCGUAACAAUUCCGACCAGGAGACUCUUGAGCUUGCGAUACAAUGUAGCUGCUCGUAGCGCAUGGGUAUGCCUAUCAAGUCCACACCAUCGGUUUGCGCCAGUGCGCACGAGCAAGUCUCACCUGGAGAGGUCCAGGACUUUCAGCAGCUCCGCCCAAAGAGUUGAUGUGGUCAAGCCAUACUACAUCACCACGCCAAUCUUCUACGUCAAUGCUUCUCCUCAUGUCGGUCACCUCUUCACCAUGGUCCUGGCGGACGUCCUCAAGCGCUGGGAAGUGCUUAAGAACGAACGACCAGCCCUGCUAUGUACCGGAACCGACGAACAUGGUAUGAAGGUACAGCAAGCCGCAGAGCUUCAAGACCUUCCACCGAAAACCCUUUGCGAUAGUAAUUCCGAGAUCUUCAAAGACCUUGCAAAGAAAGCAAACAUAUCAAACGAUUAUUUUAUUCGCACGACCGAUCCCGAGCACAAAGAAGCAGUAGAAUAUUUCUGGCGCAGACUCUAUGAGAACGGUUACAUCUACGAGACCAAACAUGAGGGGUGGUACUGUGUCAGUGACGAGACUUUCUACCCCGAGGACACAAUUACGAAGCAGGUGCAUCCUCGUACCGGCAAGACAUUUAUGGCUUCGAUCGAGACAGGCAAUGCUGUCGAAUGGACUGAAGAGAAGAACUACCACUUCCGGAUGACAGCUUUGAAAGACAGGCUGUUGGAGUUUUAUCGAGAGAACCCUGAGUGGGUAACACCAGCAAGUCGGAUGCGAGAGGUGGUGGCUUGGGUUGAAAACAACUUGGAGGAUCUUUCGAUAUCUCGCCCAGUCAGCCGUCUUCAAUGGGGCAUCCCAGUGCCUGACGACCCAAGUCAGACCAUCUAUGUCUGGGUGGACGCUCUCAUCAACUACAUCACAUAUGCCGGAUAUCCCAAUUGGACCCCUGGCUCCGAACAUCUUGGUGGCUGGCCUGCCGAUGUACAAGUCAUUGGCAAGGACAUUGUCCGAUUUCAUUGCAUCUACUGGCCUGCAUUACUGAUGGCUCUGGACCUCCCUCUACCAAAGCGCAUUCUGACCCACGGUCACUGGUUGAUGGAUGCAAGAAAGAUGUCGAAAUCGGUUGGCAAUGUUGUCAACCCUUUCUUCGCCAUUGAUCGCUGGGGAGUAGACACCAUGCGUUACUUUCUGAUCUACAGCGCCGCUAUGGAGUCCGACUCCAACUAUAGCAAUGAGUACAUUGUGGACAAGUACAAGAAGGGCUUACAGGGCAGCUUGGGUAACUUCCUGAAUCGUGUUACACGCUCGAAGAAAUGGAAUGUUCGUGAAGCCAUUGAACAUAUGCAAUCACAGGAUGUACGACGGGCGGCAUUGAGCACAGUGAACGAACCAGAGAUUGCGAAGCUGGUUAAUGAUCAGCUUCAAUAUCUUCAUGCUCUAGCUGGAACUGUAACCGACGAUUUCGAGGCAGGUUCCCCGAAGUCUGCUCUCCAUAAGAUUAUGGAGUUUCUUUUCGAGUCGAAUCGUUACAUUACUUCUACUGCGCCUUGGAAUCUUGCAGGAAAAGGCGAUUCUCACAAGUUGCACCUUCAAGGGGUCGUGUAUCUUGCAGCCGAGUCAAUACGUAUUUCCGGCAUUCUCCUACAGCCUUUCAUUCCAGGAAAGGCAGCCGAGGUUCUGGAUAGGCUUGGUGUAGACCCGGCAAGUAGAACAUUGGCGUAUGCGAGGGUGGAUGCAGAUGCGACGUACGGAGUGUCGAGGGUGCCACUUGGUGAAGGAGCUUCCAGCAGCGUGUUCCCUCCAAUCCCGUGGGAAGGUUGAAUCUGAGGCUAUUGGUGAACGCGAAAUUGUGUAGAACAAGAGUCACAUGUAGAAUACUGUAUAUGCAAGAUGCUAUGAUACCCUACACCUCGUUGCAGGCUUUGUGCAAUUCUUCUCUAGGCAGGGCGCCUGUUGACGGGGCCAUCAAAGGCGUAUGGGGCUGCGAAAUCGCCGCCUCCCUACAGUAAAUUCCGGAUAGCGCGAAG